GCGUAACAUUGGUAGUGAUAGUGGCUAGGUGUGAAGGUGAUUUCAGAGAAUAAGCAGAAACAAAUCGGAAUCGCGUUUUGGGACAAGAGAAAGCGAAAAUGAGCGGACCAGCCAAAAUAGUGGUGGAUGUUGCAUUCAAAGCCGGGAAGAACAUUGAUUGGGAAGGUAUGGCUAAGCUUCUCGUCUCCGAUGAAGCUCGCCGUGAAUUCUCCGGUCUCCGUCGCGCUUUCGACGAGGUUAACAGCCAACUUCAAACAAAGUUCAGUCAGGAGCCUGAGCCGAUUGACUGGGAAUAUUAUAGAAAAGGAAUUGGACCUCGUUUGGUGGAUAUGUACAAGGAGGCUUAUGAGACGCUCAUUCCCUGUGUUUCCGUGAGUUUGACCUUCUCGACGUUGCUGUUCGGUAAAUCCGAGGUAUCGAUUGCGGAUACUUUGUAAUGAGGUUUAUGAGGGAAAUCAUUAAUAUGAAUCAAAUAGAGAUUCCAAUCACGUACUUUGAUGAAUACAAGUGUGCUCAUUACACGAGACUGCAGUUGGAACAAAUCAAGGAGGAAUUGUGUCAAUAUUUUAUUGAGAAAAGAUUAAUUAGUAUAUAAUGGUUUCAAAAUAACAUGAAUACUUUGAUGAAGAAUGGUUUCUGGUUGGCAAGUGUAUAGUUCUUUAUAUUUUUAACAGAUUAGUUAUGACUCCAAAUAGGCCGUAUAACAUAUUAGUUUUGACUUGUGUAUAGUUCUUUAUAAUUUUAGUGAUAUCUUUAAUUUCAUGGAUA